AUGAAUAUUAUAUUACAUUUCGAGCAAUAUAUAUAUUUGAGUAUUUGGAUAUUAGCAAAUUUUUAUUCGUUAUUAUCGUUGGUUCAAACUCAAAACGAAAUUCUUGAAAAUAAUCCUCAAUUAGCAUAUUCUUUGAGAGAUUUGACACACGGUUGGGCAUUUGUGGAUAGAUUAAGAGACAUUUCAGAUGUAGAAUGGAGUACUUGGAAGCAUUUCAUACAGACAUCAUGGGUUUAUUUAAUCUUGCAAUUUGCUAUAUCAGAAAUAAUUAGGAAGACUAAAUUAACAUGUCUGAAACACUGGUACAUAAUAUCAAGCAUAAUGUUUGUUUUGAUAUACUGGGGCUGGAAGCCUUUAAUAAUAAUUUUAAUGCAGCCAGUUAUAUUUACAACUAUUAUAUUUUUGGGAGGUAAAAAAACCAGUAUAUGGCUUACCAGUAUUGUGUUGCUGAUGAGUUAUAAUUCAUUAAAAUAUAAGUAUUAUUUUUGGAAUUUUUUGGAUUACAAACACAUACAAGAUGAAGAAGUUUAUUUGGUUUUAUUUGCAGUUGCAUGGAUAGAACUGCGAUGUAUUAGUUUUUGUGUAGAUUAUAUAGAUAAGAAAGAGAAAUUUACCAAAGAAAAAGCAUAUAAAGUUUCUAUUUACCAAGCAAUACUUGAUAUGUUUAGUUAUGUUUUAUAUGCACCAUUGUUAUAUGUUGGACCCAUAAUGUUAUAUGAAGAUUUUGAAAAAAGCUUCACUGUAAAAAAUGAGAAAUAUACUACAAAAUUAAAGAGAUUUGUCUGGGAUAUGUUACUAUAUUUAUUUUACACAUUCUUAUUAGAUUUAUCAUUUCAUUAUGUAUAUUUUUAUGCGCUGCAAAGUAACAUUGAGGCUAUAAAAAGUUUGCCGACAUUAGCUCUUUGUGGAGGCGGUUUAUGGAUGGGUUUAGUAUUCCAUUUAAAGUAUGUCAUAUCAUAUGGCACAACAGGAGCUUUUGCCAGAUUAGACAAUAUGGAACCACCACCAAUUCCAAGAUGUGUUGCAAGAAUUCAUGUCUAUUCUCUCAUGUGGAGAUAUUUUGAUGUUGGAUUAUACCAGUUUUUAUCCAAAUAUAUCUACAAACCUGGUUACAGUGUCCUAUCUAAUUCACUAAAGCUCUCAAAGUUUGUAAAUAAAUUAAUAGCAUCAUUAGCUACAUUCAUUUUCAUAUUUAUGUGGCAUGGAACUGUGUGGAACAUAUUUGUUUGGUCAAGCCUAAACUACAUUGGCAUUCUGCUAGAAUAUACUGGUAAAGCAGUAUCAAGUACUGAGGGAUACAAAUGGUUCAGAACUAAAAUUUUAAGAAGUAAUUCUAUGGAAAAUAGAUGNUCAAAGCCCUACUUGGAGUAA